AUUGAGACAGAGUCUCGCUCUGUCGCCAGGCUGGAGUGCAAUGGCGCGAUCCCAGCUCACGGCAGCCUCCACCUCCUGGGUUCAGGCAAUUCUCCUGCCUCAGCCUCCUGAGUAGCUGGGUUACAGGCACGCGCCACCACACCCGGCUAAACAGACCUUUCCUUUUAUGAGGGGGACGCCCGUGUGGACAGCCUGGAGGGGAGAUGAAGCUGAGCAGAAGUGAGAGUCACUUUGGUGCCCGGCAUGUUGUCUCACACCUGUAAUCUCGGCACUUUGGGAGGCAGAGGCUGGGGGGGUCUCCAGCCCGGGAGUUUGUGACUGGCCUGGUCAACAUGAGACCCCGUCUCUACUUUUAAAAAUAAAAAUCAGGGCCGGGCGCGGUGGCUCACGCCUGUCAUCCCAGCACUUUGGGAGGCCGAGUCGGGUGGAUCACGAGGUCAAGAGAUCGAGACCAUCCUGGUCAACACGGUGAAACCCCGUCUCUACUAAAAAUACAAAAAUGAGCUGGGCAUGGUGGCACGUGCCUGUAAUCCCAGCUACUCGGGAGGCUGAGGCGGGUGGAUCACGAGGUCAAGAGAUCGAGACCAUCCUGGUCAACAUGGUGAAACCCCGUCUCUACUAAAAAUACAAAAAAUUAGCUGGGCAUGGUGGCGCGUGCCUGUAAUCCCAGCUACUCAGGAGGCUGAGGCAGGAGAAUUGCCUGAACCCAGGAGGCGGAGGUUGCGGUGAGCUGAGAUCGCGCCAUUACACUCCAGCCUGGGUAACAAGAGCGAAACUCCGUCUCAAAAAAACAAAAAAAGAUAUUUUGGGCAGAGAGAAGUGUGUGUGCAAAGGCCCUGAGCCUCCCUGCCCUUCGCUGUCCUGUCGCUGGUGAACACUCCAUACAAGCGAGGAUUUUACUGCAGGGAUGACUCCAUCCGGUACCCCUACCGUCCAGACACCAUCACCCAUGGGCUCAUGGCCGGGGUCACCAUCACGGCCACCGUCAUCCUUGUCUCGGCGGGAGAAGCCUACCUGGUGCACACGGACCGGCUCUAUUCCCGCUCCGACUUCAACAACUACGUGGCUGCCGUAUACAAGGUGCUGGGGACCUUCCUGUUUGGGGCGGCUGUGAGCCAGUCUUUGACAGACCUGGCCAAGUACACAAUCGGUCGCCUGCGCCCCAACUUCCUGGCCGUCUGUGACCCGGAGUGGAGCCGGAUUAACUGCUUGGCCUACGUGCAGCUGGAGAGGGUGUGCAGGGGAAACGCUGCGGACAUCACUGAGGCCAGGUUGUCCUUCUACUCGGGACACGCCUCCUUUGGAAUGUACUGCAUGGUGUUCCUGGCGCUCUACGUGCAGGCGCGGCUCUGCUGGAAGUGGGCACGGCUGCUGCGGCCCACAGUCCAGUUCUUCCUGGUGGCCUUUGCCCUCUAUGUGGGCUACACCCGCGUGUCUGAUCACAAACACCACUGGAACGACGUCCUUGCUGGCCUCCUGCAGGGGGCGCUGGUGGCCGGCCUCACGGUCCGCUACAUCUCUGACUUCUUCACAGCCAGACCCCCACAGCACUGCCCAAAGGAGGAGGAGCUGGAAUGGAAGCCCAGCCUGUUACUGAUGGUGACCCUGGGAGAGGCUGACCACAACCACUAUGGGUACCCACACUCCUCCUCCUGAGGCUGGACCCCGCCCAGGCAGGGAGUGGCUGAGUCCAGCUGAGGCCAGCCCCCCAGGUGGUCCCUCUGGCCCUGGGUAGGCACUGAGGACUCCGGACGGGGACCCUGGGCUGAUGGGAGCGGUGCAGGCUCUGCUGCCCCCCACCGUGCACUGGACUGGGGUCUGGGGAUGCCUAGGUAGCCCUGAGCAUUUGGAGGGGGACCUGUUCCCGUAGCUCCCCACAUAUCCCCAUUCCUUUAUGGGGUUAAGGGACUGAAAGAUCAGAUAGUUGCUAUUUUGUAAAAUGUAAUGUACGUGUGGUUUUUAGUAAAAUACG